AUGGAGCCCACGGGGAUCAGCAAGUCCUUAUCAGGCCUGGAGCUUGCCGUCGCCGCUGCUGAUGGUAACGGGUCCAACGACAACGGGAAGAACGCGACGAUGGAGAUAGCCCUCCCGGACACCACCAGCAACCACCCGGUGCACAGCGGAGACGGGGAAAUGCAGCAGAUGGAUGGGGUUGGUGUGGAGGAGGAGGGCGGCGGCGGGUCGUCGUCCCAGGGCCGCAACUACGUGCGGCUCACCCGUGAGCAGACUGACGUGCUGGAAGAAGCCUUUCAGGAGAACCAAAACCCAGAGACGAAGACGAAGAAGGAACUGGCUGGGAGAAUCAAUGUGUCACUGCAAAAGGUGCACGUUUGGUUCCAGACUCGCAGGGCAAGGUUCAACCAGAUGAAGCGCGGUGAAGAGCACAAGGAGGAAGUCAUCUCGCUGACAAACAAAGUCAGCUCACUGAACGAGCAACUCAGCUCGCAGAUUAAGACGAUCAUCUCACUGAACGAGCAAGCCAGCUCGCAGACUAAGACGAUCAUCUCACUGACCGGGCAAGUGAGCUCGCUGAGUGAGAAGGUCAUCUCACUGACGGGGCAAGUCAGCUCCCUGGCCGAGAAAGACAUCUCACUGUCCGAGAAAGUCACUUCAUUGACAGAGGAGAAGCACCACCUCGAGAGCGAGCUUGCGAAGCUCAAGGCGGCAGCGCCGCCUGUGGUACCACCACUACCUCUGCCGGCGUCGGCGCCGGCGCCGGCGCCAUUAGCCGACGAGGCCGCGUUUCUGCUACCGGUUCCGGGGCUGGUUCAGGCAUUUGUAGGACUGUGCCCUGAGUGUGCGAGCAACUUCAGAAACAUGAGAGGCGGAGGUGCUAGUGCUGCUGCUUCCACCAGUAGCGCUCCACCUCCGCCUUCCUCUUCUCCCAGGCUGUGCCCCGACAGCAGGAGCACCUUCAGAAACCUGGCAGCAGCGGUAGGUAGCCUUGCCCUGCGGCAGGCCGAGGCCGGUGCUGGUGCUAGCUAG